AACCGCCCUGCAUCGGAGAAUAAUGCAUCCUAUUCAUGCUGCAGUCUGUGCAGGGCACCCUCUAGCGACUGGUGGCAUAUUAAUGCUGCACAUUUCAAAUCCAAGCGUUUCGUUAUAGCGUGGGUCUAGAUGUGUGGUUUCAGCUGAUCUCAUACCACUGAAGGACACAUUCAACUGGAGAGGCAGCCGGCAGAGUAGCUGUUGAAUGAGAUCAGCUGGUAUAGUGUUUUGGCUCAAAUGAGCGUGCAUUUUCUUGCAUUAGCCAUGACUGGCAGUGCCUUUCCUCCGAUCAGUGAGGCGUAGGAGCACUUUAUCGAUCGACGUCAAGCUGCGGCUUGUGAGAUAAUCUCCGCUGUACCUGAGCUCACUUCCCUGAAUGCACAAUGAAAAACAUCAGCUGCUUUUGUUGACACAUCACCUCUGUCUAAGCUGCUCUCGCUGACUCUGCGCUUUCAGUUCUGCAGUCUUAUCAUUCGGGUUCACUGAUUCAGAGGUCAUCGUCAUCAGAAACCUGUCGUUGUUCCAGCAGGCCAGUGUUGAUUAAAAUGGUGCCUCUUCAUACUGCCUGUCUCCUGCUGAGCCUUGCGCCCCUGUUGGUCCUUGGUGUUCCUCCCAUUUGGACCCAGCCAGAGCAAGUGCACCUCUCCUAUCCAGGAGCGCCAGGUUCCAUGGCGGUGACCUGGACCACCUUCAAUGAGACCGAGAGCAAGGUGGAGUACGGUCUUCUGGGAGGUCGGCUUUUUGAGAUGAUCGCCAAAGGGGGCGCUACUCUGUUUGUGGACUCGGGCAAGGAGAAGAGAAAGAUGUACAUCCACAGGGUCACUCUCACGGACCUCAAACCUGCUGCUACCUACGUCUACCACUGUGGGAGUGAUGAGGGCUGGAGCGAAGUGUUCUCCUUCACUGCUCUGAACGACAGCACGAGCUUCAGUCCCAGAUUUGCUCUGUACGGGGACAUGGGCAACGAGAACCCUCAGUCUCUGGCUCGACUGCAAAAGGAGACGCAGCUUGGCAUGUACGAUGCCAUCCUGCACAUUGGUGACUUUGCCUACGAUAUGCAUGAGGACAAUGCCAGGAUCGGAGAUGAGUUCAUGAGGCAGAUUCAGUCCAUAGCAGCCUACGUGCCCUACAUGACCUGUCCAGGCAACCACGAGUCUACAUAUAACUUCUCCAACUACAGGAAUCGCUUCACCAUGCCAGGCCAGACUGAGAGCCUGUGGUACAGCUGGAACCUUGGGUCAGCGCACAUCAUCUCCCUCUCCACGGAGGUUUAUUUCUAUCUCGAUUUCGGCCAGGAGCUGAUCUUCAAGCAGUACGAGUGGCUGAUGAAAGACCUGGAGGAGGCCAACAAGCCGGAGAACCGAGCAGUGCGUCCAUGGAUCCUCACCAUGGGACACAGACCCAUGUACUGCUCCGAUGACGACCAGGACGACUGCACUCAGUUUGACUCCUACGUCCGACUGGGACGGAGUGACACUGAACCGCCAGCUCCAGGUCUAGAGGAUCUAUUUUACCGCUAUGGCGUGGAUGUGGAGUUGUGGGCACAUGAGCACACAUAUGAGAGACUUUGGCCUGUCUAUGGGGACAAGGUGUACAAUGGGAGCAAAGAGCAGCCUUAUGUGAACCCAAAAGCUCCAGUACACAUCAUAACAGGCUCUGCUGGCUGCAGAGAGAAGACCGACAGGUUCAAUCCAAACCCCAAAGAGUGGAGUGCUUUCCGCAGCAUGGACUACGGCUACACCCGCAUGCAAGUAGUCAAUGCCACCCACCUGUACUUGGAGCAGGUCUCCGAUGACCAGUAUGGGAAGGUGAUUGACAGCAUAUGGGUGGAGAAGGAAAAGCAUGGCUUCUCUGCCUGGUUCUGAAGACCACCGUGCACUUUGAACUUCAGACAAGCACAUUUUUUGCUGCGUCACACCAAUCAUGCACUGAUGAUGGAAGUUUUCAUUUCUAUUCAUUCAGCUUUUUUAAGAUGUAGUGAAUCCUUUGAUUUCAGACAUUUUCCACUACGUUUUAUCUAAUUUGAAGACCACUACAGGACUACUGUAAAUGUAUCUAAUGAAACAUGCGUUUUGAAAAAUGUAUUUUAAUGGUUCAAUUUGUCCUUCCUCAAAACCAUCAUCAAUGUAGUCUAACUUUUUUUAAUUUUUUUUUUUAACUUAUAUAUGUACGGUCGGUCCUUUAUUGCUGCCUGAAUAAUCUAUGGACAGUAGACAUACCCAGCAUGAGUCUGGCACACACCAGAACCCAUUCCCUUCAGAGUAUUUUUCAUUUUAAAACCUGGAAAUGCACUCACACAGAUCAAGUCUCCCUUCUAUCGGUCUGUGAAGAUUCCGCCUGAGAGAAUCCUGUCAGGAUAUUGGAACCUCAUUUUAUUGUCCAUCUGUGUGGCUGUCAGGACCUGAGACAAAAAAAACACAUGGAAGUCUGCGCCUACACAAAAGGACUGUUAUGUAACUCAGGGAUGCUUGUGGCUUGGGCACUUGCAAAGUGAGUGACGGCGCUUUCCGCAAAUGAAUGUCGCGCACGCCAUGACUCCCACCGCUAUAUUAAUCCCUAAAACAGCAUGCUGCCGCUGAUGAUUAUUGGCAGCUCUGUAUGCAUCAGUGUUUUGAGUUGUCAAGCUGUCUGUUCGCGCCUGAGUGUAAUCAUGUCUCUGCGUAAUGUGCAGAGACACAACAUAGUCUAUACAAAACCAAUGAUUCGUUAACACGACACACAUGAUUUAACAUACAGCACGCUAUUUCUAUCCAAAGCACAUGAAAUAAAUAAUAUGAGAGGAUAUAUAGUCAUCACUUGUGGAAACUGCAGGGAGAAUGCCAAAUGAAGGACCAAACACCAGCUCACACGUGCUCAUGAUGUGUCACACGUGAGCCAGUCGAAGCCCAGAGAUCUUGUACACAGCACAAAAGUCGUCUGACGUCUGUGUCAUGUCUGUAAAUCUAACUGAGAGAAGCUGAACUUCUCUCUGAUGUCGAUACCACACAGCGCAGUGGGGUCUGGCAGACGAAGGAUACACACAAGCGCACAGUGAUCACGCCUCAUCUCGUGCGCUCUUAGUGUGCCUAUCCACUGCUAACUACCACUCACACAUGCCUUAUGAUUGUAAACGUAUCUUUGUGGAGAAGGCCCCGCACCACUGAGUUCCUAACCUUUGACCUGCUCAUCCUACACUCUGUAUAUUGAUGUCUCAUGCUGAGUGACAGACAUGAGGAAGGAGCAGCGCUAAGUGCAGACUGCAGAGACCAGCGGGGGACGACUGGUGAGGAGAGUAUGUGCUGGCAGACUAGACUACAUCGAAUCAUGGUCAUUAUUUACAAUUGUUAGCAACCACAUUUAUAGUCUAAUAAAAGAUGGUUGUUUUCCAGUUAGUCAUGUACGUACAACAUAUGGUGUGAAAAUGGAUAGAUGGAAAGUUCUUGCUUUAAAUAACAAGCACGUCACAUCACGAUCCUCAUCAUUGAGUUCAUGUGAUUUCCUAAAAAACAGAAGAAGAAAAAAUCAUUGAUCGCAAUCCAGGAAAAAACGAGCAAGGAGAAAAUAACAUGUCACUUCAGAUUGCAUGCUUGUUGCUGAAUUAUGAAGUGCUUAUUAUUGUCUAUGAUGGAGGAACAGCAGGUUUGUGGUUGUGUGGUGAAGGGCUUUUGUUGACAGAAAUUGAUUCCUGACUUUAACGAGGCUACAUAUUUUCUUGAACUUCUUUGUCUACUUCAUGUUAAACCAUUUAUUCCUCUCAAAGAAGGGCUUUGGCAGGUCAGAAGUCAGAUCAAUAAAACCCCAAAAGUAAUGAAUUCUCUAAAGACCACAUGUGAGCUUUCUCUACACCAAACAGCCAUGAAGCCUCUCUAUAAGACCCCUCAAAGUUCCCUUCAGUUAAACUCUUAUCAACGUUAUUUAUCUAUUUUCAAGAGUCUCUCGUGGCUCACACACUCAACAACACCCCCCCAGGAGACAGAAGAGGGAUUUUGUGUGGUAUGUCUCACCAUGGGUGAUCAAGGGGCGGCACUUGAUCACAGGGUUAAACCGGGGAUACUUGAGGACAUGUGUAAUGAAUUCAAGGCGCUCAGAUGCUGGAUCUCUGGGAUAUUUCAUCAAUCCAGAAGCUCAGUGUUCUUCCAGAACCAGAGCGCCACUAUUAAGCAGCCUCAGACCACCACCAAGACAAGCAGCCAAGUGCAGUGUGCCCAGGAACAUCACAUUCUUGCCAUAAUUCCACUUUCAACAUCAACACCACAAUGACUUACAGGGCUUCAGAAUAUGGUGUCAACAGGAACACUGCAUGUGCGCAGUGAAGACACGAUAUUGCCAAAGUAAAUGUGAAGUAAAUGUAAACCAGCUGAGCAAAACGGGUUAAGAUAUAUUAUUGUUUGAGUUUUUUCUUGUGUAGCGAAAUGGGACUACAAACUAUUUCGUAUUGCAACUGUGUUUUGUACAAUGACUUAAAUGGAACCUUCAAUAAAGUUAUAAACAAUUGAGUUAUUGACUUAAA